UACACCUUGAAAAAUGAAUGCAUUAUUUAUUCAGUUAAAUGCGUGCAGUGAGCUGAUUGCAGAAGGUUCCCGCAGCAUGAAUAUUGGCUGGCUGAACGAGUUCUGCGCCAACUUUCUGGAUUUCGCCACCAACCUCAAGGCGCAAUUGCCGGAAUUGGCUCCGUGCGGCGACAACAUAGAUGUCGAGACAAUCUUCCUGUGUCUCCACCAGGUGGUUUGCUGCAUCCCUCAUCUAGAAAAGGGAAUCAGGUUGGACGCGUCGCAGAUGACAAAGCAUCAUUUUCUCGAUCGAUUGGACUGGUGUAUCCGCCGGCUGCUUAUCUCCGUGACGCAGCUAGAAACUAGUCACAAUGCCGAAAAGUGCCUGGAAGAUACUUCGUUCGUAGAGCUGAUGGAUUUGGCGUUGGAGCGUUUGGAUGCAUAUAUGGAAAAACUGACUGAAGGAAGUAGUAACUCCAUACAUAUUUUUGAGGAAAGCUUUUUGGAGGAUUCCUAUCCGCUGGCCAGUAUAGUGAAUCACAUUGUCCGUCAUGCGUUGGCGUUUGCUAACGUUGCAAUUUCAACAGACAAAAAGGCCUUGUCGGCACUUUGCGAGACCUUGCUUGGCGAAUGCGCAACAUUCCAUGAGAAGGAAGGCGAUCCUAAUCGUGGUCAUCGUAAGCUAGAAGCCCUCUCCUUGGAACGGGCGCUCUAUGCCCUGGAAUCGUACCUUAAUGAGGCCCUCCUGCACCUGCUUUUCGUCGGCCUAAUCGAGUUUGAAAACACAUCAGUGGCAAAAUUAAAGGAAGCAGUGCAGUCGGGAUCUUCUACUGCCCAUGAGCUGAUAGGCUCAUUCGACACCAAUAUGGAUCGCAUCCAGCAGAUCGGAGUGCUGGCCAUAGCGUUCUCCCAGAAUAUAAAAACCAAGACGGUCGUGCGCAGUUGCCUCGCUUCCUUGGAGUCUUUGGACGCCUGUAUCGUUCCGGCUCUGCAGUUGCCGGAAUCAUUAACGUCCGCACUUCACGCCAAAAUCCUAGAGGACCAUUUCAAUGAAGAGAUGUCGAUCUUCCGCAAUAUCAUCCACGAGAUCACCGACAGUUGCUCGCUGAUUAAUAAUUACCUAGAUAUGCUGGCAGAAAGUAUACAAAUGCUGGAUAAAAACCAACUAUUGUUGAUUGUUCAGAUGGGCAAUGUGUUAGUGGAUCAUUUUCAGUUACCCGCUAAUUAUUCUGUCCUCGGCGACGAUGGCAAGCGGGUAUACAAGGAUUUCAUACUGAUCCUUCGAGAAUGUAAAGCAGUUGUCAAUUUGGCCUUUUCAAUCGACCCAAAGCGAAUUGCUAAGCGCCUCAAGAUGUUGUAUUCGGUCCUUGCAAAGCUGAGGAAUUCUAUUUGUAAGGAUACCUUGGAAGACAAUUCCAUCUCAUCCAAAGAUUUAGAGCCCUGUGGCAGCAGAAGCACCUUUAUCAGAAAAAGCCGAUCGGAGUCCUUUGUAAAAAACUGCAAAAAUUCAACAUAUACGCAGGAUAUGGUCAGCAAGGGCGACCUGAUUAGUUUUCAGAUUACAGAGAUUCUUAAUUCUUCAAUAAACCCUUUGUAAAUAUAUAAUA